CCUCAAUAACAACCUAUGACUAUACUCUACAAAAAGGUUCUCAUUUCUUUGGUUUCUUCUCUUUCAAAUAAGCACCUACCACCAUCAUAAUUAAAGCACAAAAUUCUUCCUGUUUAGAAUGGAGAAUUGGCUGAAGCAGAUAAGAGAGAAAUUAAUUGGUGCAGAAGAAGAGAAUACAACUGAUUUUGGUGGUAGUAGGGUCCAGAAAAUACCAAUACAGAAAAGUUCAUCUUUCAAAGAGAAGAAAAAGGCACAUAAUUGGUUUCAGAGACAAUUUUCAAGGAAAAUGAGUCAUGAUUAUGAUUUUAUAGAAAUGGAGCAUGCCACAGCAGUAGCUGCUGCAGCAUUUGCAAUUAGUUCACAUGUCUCAGAAAUUCCACAUGAGCAGAAUAUGUGGGAGUUUCCUGAGUCCUCAUUGACCAAGACCAGAAGCAAAGCUUAUGAUAAAAAAUCUUCAUUUUCCCAGCUAGGUGCUGCAUCCAAAAGAUUAUCAGGCUCAUUUAAAAUCACAGAUGAACAAGGAAACACGGUGCCAACAACAUCCUCUAUUAGAGAAGAAAAAAAGCCUGAAAAGACCAUCUCAUUCGCACCAGCACCAUCAAUGAAAAAGACUCCAACUUUUGGGGAAAAAUCAAAGAGAAAUGAUGAUAAAAAACCUGAUAUCCUAAAACCAAAAAAGGUUCCAAGUUUUGGUGAAAAAUCAAAGAGAGAUGAUGAUAAAAAACCUGAUAUCCUAACAUCAAAACGGACUCCAAGUUUUGGCGGUAAAGAUUUUAUUAGUACUGAUGAUAUACAACCUGAGACCCCAAAAGCAAAAAUUCUCCCACUAGUUGAUGAUCCAACCACGUCCUCAUGGCCGCAGCCGCAGCCGCCGCCACCUCCACCGCCACCACAACCACCAAUCAGGCAGACUUCAACAGCUGCCAGACCAUCAACUAGACCAAGUGAAACAGAAGCAAAAGCAGAUGCUUGGGAAAGGGAAGAGCUAAAAAAGAUCAAAGAAAGGUAUGAGAAGUUGUUAGAGACAAUAGAUUCAUGGGAAAAGAGGAAGAAGAUGAAAGCAAGACGCAAGCUAAAUAAGCAUGAGCAAAGUGAAAAUACACGGAAAAGGGAGAAAGCAUGGAAAAAAUAUCAAGAUAAGAUUAAAUAUAUAGACGAGAUUGCAGAAGGAGCGAGAGCACAGUCCGAUGAAAGAAGAAAGAAUGAAACGCUGAAAGCAAAAGAUAAGGCAAACAUUAUUAGAACAACUGGAAAGCUUCCAGGGGCUUGUUCCUGCUUCUAAGAAUGAAAGAAAACCAAUAAGUAUAUAUAUGUACAUAAUAAUGUCAUUUGGUUUUAGUAACAAAACGAAGUUCUGUAAUUAUAUGUUUCACUGUUCUAUGAAAUGUACAUGAACAUCAUGUAUAGUUGCAGUAUACAAAAAACACUUGGUUUUUCUUCUUU